UGCCGGUAGUUCCACGUGUCGGCGCCUGCGCGGUGAGAGCGGAUCCGGCGACAUGUUUAAAAGACUCAAACAGAAAAUCAGCGAAGAGCAGAUCCCGGCCCGCGGGCCGCCCCAGGCCACUUUGAAGUCCACCCCAGUGUCAGCAGAGAACAGACGGCGGACCUCUUCCUUAUCUGGGCACCAGGAUGAAGGCACCAUCACUUCAGACGACAGGGAGCUGCUGGCCGGGAUGAUUGCAGAGCCUGCUUUUCUCUCUGAAUAUACUAUCUUUGCUUUGGAAAGCACCAAACGGCCUAAGCCGCUGAGUGUCAAUGUGAAUGUACUUAGGACCUCAGAAGAAAAUGUAUUAUCUUCAAAGUUCACAGAUGACUUUAACGGUGAUGGUUUGGUUACCCCUCAGAAGCCUGAGGCACAGUCUUUUACACAGAAACUUCAGCUUCGGGUUCCAUCCAUGGAAUCUCUGUUUCGAACAUCUGCAAAAGAACUUUUCCGAUCUCCUUCCAAAGAAACAUUGGUACGAACUGCUUCAAGAGAGUCUCUCAAUCGAAUAGACACAGAUGUUCCUGGCUCUGGUACCACCUUUGAUCCAUCCUCGGACAUAGAAAGUGAGGCAGAAGACUCCAAUUUUGAGAGUCUUAGCAAGGAUCCAUCAUCCCAUCAGUUCCGUAGGAUAGAACGAAGCUUGAACAACUAUAGAGGGAAAUAUUCAGAGUUAGUCACUGCCUAUCGAACUUUGCAGAGAGACAAAGAAAAAAUGCAGGCAAUUUUGAGUCAAGCUCAAGACAAAUCUCUUCGUAGAAUUGGAGAACUUCGUGAGGAACUGCAAAUGGAUCAGCAAGCAAAGAAACAUAUUCAGGAGGAGUUUGAGGCAGCCCUGGAGGAGAAAGACCAACUAAUUGGUGUCCUACAGACCCAGGUUUUAUUACUAAAACGAAGGAUGGUCCUUGGGGAGACUAAUGCCGAACCAGAAUCUACAGCUCAGUCCACUGAAAACGAAACAACUGAGACAGAUCAACAGAGUCCUAGCCAUGGGGAGAACAGUGCCGAUGGGUCAGGAGAGGGAGCUGCAGAUUUUGCUAAAACAACAGAUGUUCUUGAAAAGCGAGUGAAGAGACAGGAAAAUCUUCUCCAGCGAUGCAAAGAAAUGAUUCGUACCCAUAAGGAACGCUGCAGCCAACUAACCAGUGAGAAAGAAGCCCUACAAGAGCAACUUGAGGAACGAUACCAAGAAUUGGAGAAAAUAAAGAAUCUGCAUACUGGUGAAAAGACUAAAUUGAUCACUCAGCUGAGAGAUGCAAAGAAUUUAAUUGAACAGCUGGAGCAAGAUAAGGGUAUGGUGAUCGCCGAGACAAAGCGGCAGAUGCAUGAAACAUUGGAACUGAAAGAGGACGAAAUCUCUCAGCUUCGUGGACGGAUGCAGCAGUUAUCUGGACAACGUGAUGAUUUCCUAGAACAGAAGGAGAAAUCUGACAAAGCCACGUUUGAAGAGCUAGAGAAAGCACUGGCUAAAGCUCAGAAAGCUGAAGAGAAAUGUAAAAGAAUGAAGGAAGAAAAUAAAAACCGAAUAGAAGCUAUAGAGAAAGCAAGCGAAGAAGAACGGAGGAACUUGCAACAGGAGCUCACACGAGUUAAACAGGAAGUUGUUAAUAUAAUGAAGAAGACCUCUGAAGAUCGCAUUGGAGAAUUGGAGAAAGUUCACAUGGAAAAAAUGACCUCCAAAGAGAAAGACUGUGAACAACAGCUGCAAACUUCUCAGCAGGAGUUUCAAGAACAGCUAAAAAUGGCUCUGGACAAAUGCCAUGCUGAGUAUCGGGUGUUACUGCAGGACAAGGAACAGCAGACUGCGUUGGCAUUAGAAGAACAGGAAUUACAAAGAAAAGCCGUUCAGGCCCAGGCUGAUCGACAAAUCCAGGACGUUCAAGCAGAAGUGGAAACAUUUAGAACGAGAGUAUUGGAAUUAGAAAGUUCCCUGCUGAAGAAGUCACAAGAAGGUGAAACACAAUCAGAAGAGCUAGGGGCAGAGAAAACCAAGCACGAAUUGAAAAUUGCAACCUUAAGUGAAAAACACCAAGGUGAAAUAGAAAAGCUACGACAGGAACACAAGCAACUUUGGAGUGAAAAAGUGCAGGCAAUUGACCAUCAGUAUACGGUUGAAAUAGAGGAACUCAAGGCAAAACAUCAAGUAUUAGAAGCACAAUUAAAGGAGAAAGAAACAGAAUUCCAAGCACACAUUGAGGAAAUGAACCAAAAGACAUUAGAGAAACUUGAUGUAAAGCAAUCUGAGUUGGAGGCACUUUCUACUGAACUGAUUGAAACCACGAAAACACGACAUGAAUUGGAACAACAGUUAGCUACAACGAGGGAAGACUUUGAGACCAAACUGGAACAGAAACAAAUGUGUUUUGAAGAGGAAAUGAAUGUCGCUAGAAAAGACCACAAACAUUCUUUAGGUGAUGUCGAGAAAGCGCUGACAGAGGAGAUAAAUAAACUCCGCUUUCUUCUGGAACAGAAGGAAAAAGAUGCAGGAGAAGUCCAAGUAGAGGAACAGAGACUGAAACGAGAGGUUGAAACCAUUCGAAAUGAAGCUGCGGAAUUAUCAGCCAAACUUGAAAUUCUAAACCAGGACCAACAGAAUGAGCAGAAAGAAUCUUUAGAAAAGAUGAGCUGUGUACUAGAUAACCAAGAAAAGAAGUAUGAAGCCCAGAUAGCAGAGUUGCAAAGCUUACUGAGAAACCUGGAGACUGAGAAACAGAAUCUUAGCAAAAAUAUGGAAGAGAAGGAGUUCUCAUCUCAGACUCAACUUCACAAACUUACUGCUGAUUUAGAUGCUUGCAAAUCUCAGGUGCAGGAAUUGACACAACAGCUGGAAGAAAAAAACAAUGAGUUGGUACAGAAAAUAAAUACCCAGACAGAGCAACAUGAAACACAAAUAACUGGAUUACGAUCAGAGAUUGUGCAGUUGCAGGCAAGUUUGACAGAAAAGGAACACGCCCUUGAUGAAGCCAAAACUUUCCAAAAGCAGCAGGAAGAAAAUCUCCUUCAAAAACUGACUGAAGAAAAAACGUCAGUUGAGCAGCAAAUUACUGCUCUGCACGCGGAGUAUGGAAAGAAAGUAAAAUCACUCGAAGGGAAACUCGAUAAGUUUAAACAAAGGGAUAAAGAAAUGCACGAAAAAUUCAAGGCGAAGCUGUCCGAACAGAAUGCCAAACUGAAAGAAGAGCUGGAAAAGAAACAGCAAGAAUUGGAACAAAAGGAGAAAUUGUUCAAUGAAAAGAUUCUGGAAAUGGCACGAGCAAGCUCUGCAGGGAUUAGUGACACAGUGUCCCAGCUGGAAUCUAGUCAAAAGGAACAACUGGAAAGUCUUACUGUGGCUCACAGGCAUAAUAUUGCAGAAGUUACCCAGAGCUGGGAGAAGAAAGUGGAUCAGCAGAUUGAAGAACUACAAGAAAAGCACGAGAUUGAGCUUCAGGAAAAAGAACAGGAAAUUAAAGAGAUAAGACAGAAGUUAGCAGUCUCCAACAAUGAAAAGGAAGAAAUGGGGAAAAUAACAGAAAUCUCAGAGAAAUUUGCUGCAAGUGCAAGCAAGACCCAGCAAUUCCAGGUGGAGCUAAAGAAAACAUCUGCUCAGGUUGAUACUUUGACUAGUGAGUUGAAGAAAGCAGAAGAACAGAACAAUAGCCGCAUUUGUGAAGUAGCCAAUAUGUUGCAGGAAACGGAAAAUAAACUACAGUCAUCGGAAGCCUUGCUUUGCAUAGAAAAGGAGAAUUAUGAAAAACAACUUCAAGAAAAACGUGUGGAACUUCAACAGAAAGAAGCUGAAUCUACGAACCUGCUGGAGAAAUUGAUGAAUUGUGUUCAGGAGACUGAUGCAAGAAUGCAACUGCAAAGUAAUGAAUUCUGUGUAAAAUAUGACGGUAAGGUCACCGCACUUAAUGACCGGCUGAAAGAUUCCCAAAAUCAGACAGAGAAGUUAAAAACUGUACUACUUGAAAGGGUCAAUAUAAUUGGGGAUCUGGAUGCUCAACUCAAACAGACAGUAGAACAAAAUACCUUGUUGAAUGAUUCAGUACAGUGUAUGACACAACAGCUGCAAGAUCGAGAAGAAGAAAUCAAGACCUUGAAAGCUGAGCUGCAAAGUGUUGCUACAGAGCAGGACGCACUCCUGCAAGAAAGCAAACUUCAUACUGAGGUACUGGGUGAGAAGGAGACAUGUAUUGCAAAAUUUACAGAAGAACUGGCAGAGAGUGCAGAUGUGCAGAAUUCUAUCACAGAAACGCUAAAAGAAAAAGAAUCCCUGGUUGUGAGCUUGGAGGGGCAAGUGAAUGAUUUGAAGUUGCAGCUUGCAAAUAGCAUUGGCCUUGCAGAGAAGGAAGAAGCCAUAUCAUUGCUCAACCAACAAAACAAACUGGAACAGCAGAAGCUUCUGGACCAAUUAGACCAAAUGUUCACCCGUAUUGAAGCGCUCACCCAGGAGAAGAUCUCAGCCCUCGAGCAGGCAAACCUGUUCAAAACCAAAUUAACAGAAUGGAAGAAAAAGGCUGAGUCAAAAUUCACACUGAAUAGCAAUAAAAUGAAGGAUUUACAGGAAAAACUUGAACUUUCUGUCAAACAGAAUAAAGAAAAGGUUGAUCAAUUAUCUAGUUUGACAGCAGAGGUGGAAAAAUUGAACACCAAUCUACAAAGUACUAAAAUUGAAGUGGAAUUUGUGCAGAGCGAGAAAAAGAAAAUGGUAAAUGAUCUAACUACUGAGCUACAAAUAGCUCAUUCUAGAGUAGUAGAACUAGAUCAAGAAAUUGUCAUGAAGUCCAAAGAGGGUAAAGUUUUAGAAGAAUUAAGAAAACAGCUGCAUCAGAAGGAAGUUACAUUGGAGGAGAUGGGUAGGCAGCUUCAGCAAACUCAUGUUGGAGCUUGUGACCAGGAAAACUUGUAUAAACGUACCGAAGAACAAUUCCAAUCACUACAGGCUGAAAUCUCCCAGAAAGAGAGUGAGUGGGAGCAAAAGAGAACAGAACUUGAGAAUAAAAAGGAAGAGGACCUGAAGGAUUUAGAAAGCAGGAUGAAAACUGAGUAUACCAUAAAGAUAGCUGAACUGAAGAAAAAAGCAGAACAAAAGAUUGCAGUCAUAAAGAAACAACUCACAACCCAAUUAGAAGAAAAAGAACACUGCAUAAUAAGACAAGAUGAACAGCUUCAGGACUUGAAACAAAAUGCAGAGGAAAGAGAAGCGACCAUGCUGACCUUAGAAAAAAAGCUGAAUGUAUUGGAAACUACAAUGGGAUCAGAGAAGGAGGAAAAGCAAAGGUGGGUUGAGAAACUAAAGGAAGAAAUGGAGCUUGAGAAAGAGAGCUCGCUGAAAACUUUGAGAGAAAGCUAUGAGGAACAAGUUACGGGUCUACAGAUGGAGGUAUCCACAAGAAAUGAUAUCGUGCAGAAAUACAAAGAAGAAAUUAGUGCUUCUGAACAAGAAACUAAAAAGGCACAUUCAGAUCUUCUAACACGUCUGGAAAAACUUGAAGAGGAAAAACAAAACCAGAAAAUGGACCUAGACAAGCUUCGAUCAGAGCUUGAGGAACAGAGGCAGAAAUAUUUCAUCCUGUCAGAACAGCAAAAUAAGAGAUCUGGUACCUCAGAUAAUGUUAUGGAGCAGUUAAAGGUUAAAGCCCAACAAAUCAAUGAGAUGGAAAAGACCAAUGCAGAACUACAGAAACAAAUGGAGGAAAAAGAGAUGACUGAAAAGUCACUACAAACAAAAAUAUUGGAGCUAGAAAGUAGUUCUAUCUUAAAGGAAGACAUUGAGAAGCAACUUAAAUCAGAAAUUAAUUCUCUGAGAGAAAGCUCAGAAAAACAGAUGAAAGAUCUCCAAUCCCAGUUAGAGGAGAAAAUCUCUUUGCUUAACAUCUUUGAGGAGAACUCUGAAGAGAAAUCAAAAUCUUCCACAGAAUUACAAAAGCUGUUAGCAGACUUGCAAGAGCAGCAAACAGAAUUGCGACGCAAGUUAGAAGAGUCAGAAAAUGACAAACAGAAGGCACGCAAAGAGUAUUCCAAACUGCAAAAGGACAUGCGUGCCUUGCGGAAAGAGCAGGAUGCGGAAGUGGAAUUAGUUAAAAGGGAAAUUAGUGAAGAAUGUGAAAAAAAAGCGAAGCUGGAUCUGGAGGAUAUGGAGAUGAAACACAACUCUACUCUCAAACAGUUAAUGCGAGAAUUUAACACACAGCUCGCUCAGAAGGAACAGGAGCUAGAGACUUCUGUCAAAGAUACAAUCAGCAAAGCUCAAGAGGUGGAGGCUGAGUUAAUGGAAAUCCACAAGGAGGAUGUAAAUCAGUUGUAUCGAAAGAUAUCUGAAAAGGAGGAUGAUCUAAAAAAGACUGCAAAAAAAUACGAAGAACUUUUGCAGUCUCGAGAAGAAGAAAUGGCUGCCAAAGUUACGGAGGUUCAGAAGCAGCUGGAAGAACUACAAACCCAACAUCAGCUGUUAGUGUUUGGUGAGGAGAAUCCGAGUGUAGAGCAGGACCAUCCAUUUACAGUGACAGAAUUGCAGGCGCAUCUGGCACAGAAGACUACACUCCUUAAUGAUGCCCGGCUCAAAGAACAGGAGUUCGGAGAACAGAUUCAUUCACUUGAGGAUCAGCUUAGAACCUAUGAAAAGAGUUCCUAUAUGUCACCGCUAGGGACACCAUUCAGAGAUGUAAGUUUCAAUGCCGAUGGCUCCAUGAUAACUGAGCCGACAGAAUUGGAAUAUUUAAAGAAAGUGCUUUAUGAAUACAUGAUGGGAAAGGAAACUAAGACAUUGGCAAAAGUUAUAACUACUGUGCUGAAGUUUCCAGCAGAUCAGACGCAGAAAAUAUUAGAGCGGGAAGAUUCUCGGUCCACGUAUGCGUCAUCUCACUCUGGUAUCUUCUGAGAGUUGGCUGGUGGUGUAGUCACUUUAGCAUGUGGACUUGGCUGGUUUAAUCGACAAAUUUCUAAAAAAAAAAUCGAACUGAUCCUUAAUAAUGCUGCUUGGAUGUUAUUUAUCUCAUUGCCGAGAGUGGGGAGAAGGGAAGUACUGUUGUCAAGAUGUUUCUAAGGCCUUUUACUGUGAUUUGUACACAAUCUGAAAUGGAAAUAAUAUUCUGAUCUUAACUAGUAGAUUGUUAAAUGGCACUAGGAUAAAUUGUGCAAUAAAUUUCUUGAAUGGAAUAUCGGCUGUUAAUGAACACUGUUAAUCUUUAACUGGAAUGCUUCUUUCUGUAUAGCUUGACUUUUUUUUCCCUCCAACGUCAUAUCUUUGAAGCUUCGGCCUCUAACACUGAAUCGCAGUACCUCGUUUGUUUACUAUAGCUUUUGUACUUAUAUUUUGAAAAGACACUACUGUAAAUUGUAAAUACGAUUCAUAAUCUCUACAGUAAGCAGAACUGUAACUCGCAACAUUCACCUGGAGGAGUGAAAUAAAAAUUUAUUUACUGUA